AUGGCCGAGGUCGCAUGGCUUUUUGAAGAAAGGGUGCGUGGAGGCCAGGGACCUGCUUGGUUGGCAUGGGUGGCACUUGCCACGGUGCUUGAAUAUGUUGAAGAUGAUGGUGAUAAUGGAGCUAGUCGGCUUCAAGCAAGAGAAUUAACAAAUUCAUUGUCUCAAGCUCUUCAAAGGAAAGAUGAAGACAUAUUGGAAGCUAUUGAUUUGAUAGGAACAACCAAAUGUCAAUUACAAAUGUUGAGGGAAAAUGGGUUUGAUCAAGUUUUGGAGAAAUGCUACUUUUUUUGUGAUAAACGUAAGAUUGUGAAGUUGGAUAUGGCUGAAGCUUAUGUUAAUACAAUAAAUUCAAGGAAAAGGAUGAGCAUUACCAAUCAACAUUAUUAUAACUAUGAUAUAUUCAACAUUGUUUUGGAUAUGCAGAUCCGAGAGUUUGGUGAUCGUUUUGACGAGAUAAGCACCGACUUGCUUCAAAAUAUAACAACUUUGAAUCCAUGCAAUUCGUUUUCUCAGUUUAACAAAUCAAGCCUAUUGAAGUUGAGUCAGAUGUAUCCCCGAGAUUUUGAUGACAAGGAAAGGAUCAUUCUUGAGCAUGAACUUGAUAUCUACUAUCAUUCUGUUUAUAAUGAUGUCAGAUUUGCCAACUUAAACGGUAUUGCCGACCUCGCCAGAUUAAUGGUGGCAACAUGA